CAACCAACCAAAAUACCUUUUUAAUUUGAUGCCGUCAAAUCUUUCACUUCUGAAUUCAAUUCAAUCGCGUUCUUGCCCAGUAGUUCGACAUUACAAAAAAUGAGCCUUGCACCUUUAUUCUUCGAAGAUGCGUUUAUUUUUCCCCGAGCUUCCAUCAGAUAUCCAAGUUUUUUCAACAUGGAAAACGAUCUGAGAAACUUUUAUCCUUUCAAAGAAGAGCCAUUUGCUAAAGAAUUGCGUGGAUGGUUAACAAAGCCGGUGUUGAAAAAUACGAAGCAGUUCCAAGUAAAUGUUGAUGUGCAACAAUUCAAACCUGAAGAACUCUCUGUUAAACUGCUUGGAAACAACACAGUGGUUAUAGAAGGGAAGCAUGAAGAGAUGCAAGACGACCACGGAUUUAUUUCCCGACAUUUUGUGAGGAAGUAUCUGGUUCCAGACGGUUACGAUAUAAAGAAGAUGCAGUCAAAAUUAUCUUUUGAUGGAGUCUUGACAAUUACUGCUCCCAAAAAAUUAGACGAAAAACAUUUGACUUAUGUGAAUAUUCCAGUUAUGCGUACCAAUGAAUGUGUAAAUAAUGGAAAAGGAGACGACUAAACACGAUUUUAUUCACUAGUUAGCUAAAUACGUUUUUAUGAAUUUAGCAGAAAUAAUAAAAAAUACCUAUAUGCUAA